GUGAGUGAUGUUGGAUAGUGCCGGACACAUAGACGUUUUGAGUGAGGAAAGACAUAUACUGAAACCUCACAGGUGAUUUUCAUUUGAGAUUGCCGGACACAUAGACGUGUAGAGUGAAUAUAGCUGCAUACUGAAACCUCACAGAUGGAUUGCUUUUAUGCCAGACACAUAGACGCGCUGCGUGGGGAUAGCUACAUACUGAAACCUCACGAGGGAAAGCACAAGCUGAGAGUCGGGUCGUGGAACGUGUGCGGGUUCGCAAGGAGUGAGCGCAAGCGGUUGGAAAUAGUGGACCAAGUAGAACAAAGCGAUCUAGAUGUAGUGGGGAUCCAAGAGACGUGGGAAUUGAAGGAUGGGGACGUGGUAAGCAAACUAAGGAAAUACCGGUGGGUAGGGGAGGCAAGAAAGGACUUAGACCCGAAGAAAAGGGGGGAGGGGGGAGUCGGAUUCCUGGUCAAGGAACACUUGUUUGACGUGGUGGAAGUAGUGGUGAAAACGGAGUUCGAGGAAAGCCUAUGGCUUGUGAUACCUGGGGAGCGGGGUGAGAAAGACUUGUUUCUAGGGAACGUAUACGUCCCACCGUCGUCGAAGAAAGUCGCAAGCAAGGCGCAGGAGAACUUUGGACAAAUUGGGGAAGAUGUCCAGAGGUUCAGUAGGAAGGGAGAAGUUGUUGUCAUGGUGGGCGAUUUCAACUCCAGAGUAGGGAAAGCUUUCGGUAGAGGACAGGCGAUCGGGCAGCACGGAGAAGAAAAAGUGAAUGACAAC